AUGCACGACAAUCAGCCACCGCCCUCACCAACCCAUGAAGGAGACACAAGGCGAUACAUAUCGCCGAAGCGUUCCGCGCAUCAAGAAGAAAUCACAUCCGAAAAAGGACAACGUGUGAUGGAAGAUUUCUUCGAACCCUUCAAAGACCGCACGCGAGACGGAGGAGACAACAAGGCUCCCAAAUCGGAAACCGUCAACGAACCGGACGUUCAGAACAGAAAACACAAGGAAGAAAAAGAAAAAAGCACAGGGCAGCAUUCGCAGCCGUCAGGAGCACGGACCAACACGGACCAGAUCUCGGCCCAUCGUGGACCACAGUCCUUCAGCGCUCUUACCAGCGGAACGGGGCAGAACCGCGGCCACGUCAGAGCCACACCCCAGAACCCAGAGAUGUCUCCGAAGUUUAACCGGCCACAACACCGCGGUCUUGAGCCGACUAGAGGAAGUCCCUUCUUGCACCCAGCGGAAUAUAUAAACAAAACAACAGGGCCGGUCACAUCAGAGAAGAAUCACGAUAGAUGGACAAAAAACACAAGUGGAUCCCAGGCCAAACCCCCAGGGAGACCCCAACGAUACGUGUUCGCGCACGGAUGGACCAGUCGAGAGCCAGCGGAUACGGCCAAGACCGUCAACGUCACUCACGAAGCUGAGACAUCUAUACAAUGGCAGGGAACGAAAAAGGAGAUGCGGGGCCCGCACGUCAGAAGACGGGCCAUUUAA